ACUGGGACUGCCCAACACUAGUCGACAGUUGCAUUCAAGUCAAUUUUUGUUGAUAGAGAACCACGUGCUUUUAAAUUUGAACUAUAUCUAUACUUACAUUGAAUAUGACAUCAAAUGAAAUGGAAGUAGAUGAGGAGAAUGAAGAGAAACCGAAGAAUUUUCACGAAUUAGAGUUAGAUGACAGAAUUUUAAAGGCUGUUGCUAAAUUAGGUUGGCUUGAACCCACGUUAAUACAAGAGAAAGCUAUCCCACUGUUAUUAGAAGGGAAAGAUGUUUUAAUUAGAGCUCGCACAGGAUCUGGUAAAACAGCGGCAUUUGCGAUACCAUUGAUUCAAAAAAUUUUGUUAAACAAAAGGGCACAGAAGAAGCAAGACAUUAAGGGUCUAAUUGUAGCUCCUAGCAAAGAACUAUGCAAACAAAUACACGAUGUAAUUAUGAGUUUGACAAUAAAAUGCAGUAGAGAAGUAAAUGUUGUUGAUGUCAGUCCUCAAUUAGAACUAAUUGCACAAAAGCCACUAUUAAAUCAAAAGCCUGAUAUUGUGAUUGGUACACCAAGCAGGCUGUUACAGCAUUUAAAAGCAAAUAACAUGAAAUUGAAACACUCUCUUGAAACAUUAAUAAUUGAUGAAGCUGAUUUGGUAUUUUCAUUUGGAUAUGAGGAUGAAAUAAAGAAUUUGUUGAGUUAUUUACCAACUGUGUACCAAGCAGCUUUAGCUUCUGCAACAUUGUCAGAAGAUGUUUUAACACUUAAAAAGUUGGUACUUCAUCGUCCAGUAACUUUGAAAUUAGAAGAGCCACCAUUGGCUCCAUUAUCUCAGUUAUCACAUUACAGCCUUGCUGCAGAAGAAAAUGAUAAAGCUGCAAUUUUAUAUGCACUGUUGAAAUUGAACUUAGUUAGAGGGAAGACUAUAAUAUUUGUAAAUACAGUAGAUAGAUGUUAUAAAUUGAAGUUAUUUUUGGAACAAUUUGGCAUACCUACUUGCGUUUUAAAUUCCGAAUUACCAGCUCUCUCACGAUGUAGAGCUGUUUCUCAAUUUAAUAGCGGAACAUACGACAUUAUAAUAGCAUCAGAUGAAAAAUCUUUAGAGGAACCUCACAUAAUCAAAGUUAAAAGAGGUAAACGAAAAAAAGAUAAAGAAUCUGGUGUAGCGCGUGGUAUAGAUUUUCAAUUUGUGUCCAACGUAAUUAAUUUCGAUUUUCCGCCGGACGUGAAUUCUUACAUUCAUAGAGCCGGUCGUACUGCAAGAGGAAAAAAUCAAGGAACAGCGUUAAGUUUUAUAUCAAUACGAGAAAGACCUCUUCUCGAGCAAGUUGAAUCAGAAUUGAAACAUUGUUAUAAUCGUGACGCAUUAUUCAAAACGUACCAAUUCAAACUGGAAGAAGUCGAAGGUUUUAGAUAUCGAGCAAAAGAUGCUUGGAAAGCGGUAACGAGAAUAGCAGUCCGUGAAGCUCGUUUAAAAGAAAUAAAACAAGAGGUACUGAAUUGUGACAAAUUGAAAAGUUAUUUUGAGGAUAAUCCAAGAGACUUGCAGUCAUUAAGACAAGACAAAGCAUUACAUACUGUAAAAUUGCAACCACACCUGAAAGACGUGCCCGAAUAUAUAGUCCCACCUACUCUGAAAAGGCUUGUGGGUAUCGGUAAAAGAAAACGGAAAUUUAAUAGAGAUGCUGCAACAUCUAAACCUACAGCUACGCAAUUAAAAUACAAAGCGCGUGCAUCAAAUCCUUUAAUCAGUUUACAAAUAUAAAAACCCAAAUAAAAAUAGUACAUCUAUUUUUUCCUAAUUU